AAAAAUAAUACACACAAACACAAAACCUCUUACCCCUUUAACAAACACCAUUAACAACAAUGGCAGUCACAAAAAGCCUCUCAUUGUUUCUCUUCGUCGCCAUAAGCUGCACCGUCGCAGCCCAGGCAGCGACCUUCAACGUCACAAACAGUUGCAACUUUACGGUGUGGGCCGCCGCCGUGCCCGGUGGCGGCGUACGGCUGAACCCUAACGAGUCAUGGAGCAUCGAAGUGGCGAACGGCACCACGGGAGGACGCAUUUGGGGCCGGACAAACUGCACCUUCGACAACGCGGGACGCGGUAAUUGCUUAACCGGCGACUGCGGCGGCGUUCUCGUGUGCAACAACACUUACGGUACACCCCCGAACACGCUGGUGGAAUUCGCGUUGAACCAGUACAACAACCUCGACUUCUACGACAUCUCCCUGGUAGAUGGUUUCAACCUUCCGGUUCAGUUGAACCCGACAUAUAACUGCAGCAGCGUAAAAUGCGCCGCCGACGUGAUCGGAGAGUGCCCCACUCAGCUGCAGGCUCCGGGCGGUUGUAACAACCCUUGCACGGUUUUCAACACGACGGAGUACUGUUGUACCUCCGGUUCUUCGGGGUGCGGUCCCACCGAUUAUUCCAAGUACUUCAAGGAGAAGUGCCCAGAUGCAUACAGUUACCCCAUGGAUGAUGCCACCAGCACAUUCACUUGCAGGGGAGGAUCCGAUUAUAGGGUUGUGUUUUGCCCUUAAAAUUCAUCAUCUUUUCUUCAAUGCUUUCUAUUUAUUUUUGUAGUUUUUUUUUUUCUUUCUUUUUUUUCAAUGAUUCGUAUUGUGUUAUUGUAUACUUGGAUUUGAUAGAGCGCGGAUCUCUCUCUGAUGGGAUGUGGUGCUCUUUGUGAUCUCAUAAUAAGUUAUAAAUAUCAAAAAUAAUAAUUCACAUGACAGUAAA